GUCAUUCCUGUUAGUAACUGCAGUGUGUACACUCGUGUUUUGAACUACAUAAUUCAAAAUGGUCCUGGAAACAAGAGCUGCCAAAAGUGGGCUUGCCGCAGAAACCCAAAAGAGGGUAAACGCCAAAUACAGCGAAGACUUGGCUAAAGAAAGUCUCGAAUGGAUCGUCACGAUCACAGGAGACGAACUUAACACAGCUGGUGAUAUGGACAACUUUUAUGAAGUACUUAAGGAUGGAACCGUAUUGUGCAAAUUAGUAAAUAACAUCCAACCCGGAAUGGUAAAGAAAAUUAACACCUCCGCAAUGGCUUUCAAAUGUAUGGAAAAUAUCAACGCCUUCCUAGAAGCUGCCAAACAAUUAGGUGUACCACCUCAGGAAACAUUCCAGACUGUAGAUCUGUGGGAGAGGCAGAACCUUAACUCAGUUGUCAUUUGCUUGCAAUCAUUAGGCAGGAAGGCUGACAAAUAUGGCAAACCACACAUCGGACCAAAAGAAGCCGAAAAGAACGAGAGAAUGUUCUCAGAAGAGAAGCUUCGUGCUGGUCAAACAAUCAUAGGACUUCAAAUGGGAAGCAACAAAGGUGCAACCCAAUCAGGGAUCAAUUUCGGGAACACAAGACACAUGUAAAUUAAGAACAAAUAAACUUGGAACCAUUCCAGCGGUUUUGUGUUAAAACUAUUUCAAGGGUUUUAAUGUUGAAGCUGUUUGGUACUCAAAAAUAACAGAGUCUUUUAUAGUACUUAGAACCACAUAGUUGCCUGUUAGAUGUUAGGUACUUAGCCUACUGUUAGUCGUUGUGUAACUUUUAAACUCAAGCCAGAAACUUGAUUUUUGGUUGAAUUAAAAUUGUGAUAUUAACUAAAGAAAUAUAUUUCAGAACCAAAUUGGAGAAAUAAUUGCACCAAUAAAUAGCUAACACUUCUUUCUGCCAAGUAUUUCAAACGUUGUACUCUUCAACUAAGAUUUCGAUCUUUCUUGAGUACUAAAGAAAUCAAUUUCUUCCAUCGUUAUAUAUAAUAUUGCACACAAGUAGUACUAUUACAAUAAUAUACAACAUUGUUGUUGCAAGUUUUAAUUAAAAAUAAAGUUUUUGAAAUUUUAACAUUUUUUGAGAGUUUUAGCUUGAGUUUUAAGAUUCUGCUGUUUUUGAUCAUUUUUGUAUAAGAAUAUUUUUAAGACUAUUAUUUAUGAAAUAUAUGUUUUGUUAAUACAUCGAAAAUAUAUAUUAGUGUAGAUUUACAAGCU